UAGCUGAUGCUAUUAAUUUACUUCCAGCCGGCGCGAGAGCUCGGCAGCAAAAUUCCAGGCAGCGUUCCUAAAACCAGACCCGGCGGCUUGUUUGGAUUUAAAACCCAUGCCUCCUUCCCCCCUCUGGGACAUAGAUUCCACCUUCUCCCAAGGCUUAGGGAGACCCGGCGAGGUGUGGAAGCAGGAGGUUGCGGUGGGAGCGGGGCUGCCCCAGAGGCGGGGUCUGCGGUGCCUUAAAUUCAUCCCCGGAGCUCCGGUUUCCAACGGCCGGGGCAUGGCUUGACCGCAGCGGUGGCGGCGGCAGGAGUUUAUCUAGGGCAAGGCGCAGGAAUGCCGACGGAGGAGGGCAAGCCGCCGCAAGAAGCACCAUGUCUCUGUUAUAACUGAGUAGCCCUUAUGACCAACAUGAGCUGGAGCUUUCUAACCCGCCUGCUAGAAGAGAUUCACAAUCACUCCACCUUUGUGGGGAAGGUCUGGCUCACCGUGCUCAUCGUCUUCCGCAUCGUCUUGACGGCGGUCGGCGGAGAGUCCAUCUACUCCGAUGAGCAGAGCAAGUUCACCUGUAACACCAAGCAGCCCGGCUGCGACAACGUCUGCUACGAUGCCUUCGCACCGCUGUCGCACGUCAGGUUCUGGGUCUUCCAGAUCAUCAUGAUAUCCACCCCUUCGGUCAUGUACCUGGGCUAUGCCAUCCACAGGAUUGCCCGGUCGGCGGAGGAGGAGAAGAAGUUCAAGGGAUUCAAGAAGAAGAAGCAGUUUGCUCUGAACUGGCAGGCGGUGCGCAACAUGGAGGACCCGAUGGAGGCAGACGAGGAGGAGCCCAUGAUCUCCGACGACACGGCAGACAACGAGAAAACCAAAGCCAAGCCCAAGAGCAAAGAGCAACAAAAGCACGACGGGCGGAGGCGCAUCCAGCAGGAAGGACUGAUGAAAAUCUACGUCUUCCAGCUACUUACCAGGGCUUCGUUUGAAGUUUGCUUUUUGAUAGGGCAGUAUUUGCUCUACGGUUUUGAGGUAGAAGCUUAUUUCGUCUGCAACAGACUCCCCUGCCCUCACACCGUGGACUGCUUCGUGUCCCGGCCAACAGAGAAGACGAUCUUUCUGCUGGUGAUGUACGUCGUGAGCUGCCUGUGCUUACUGCUGAACAUGUGUGAGAUGUUUCACCUGGGGUUCGGGACCAUCCGAGACGCCAUUCGCAACCGGAAAAUCAACAGCUUUAGGCAGCCCCCCUACAACUACGCCUACCCGAAGAACAUCUCCUGCCCUCCCGAGUACAACCUGGUGGUGAAAUCAGAGAAGUCCACCAAGAUCCCCAACAGCCUGAUGGCUCACGAGCAGAACCUGGCGAACGUCGCUCAGGAGCAGCAGUGCACCAGCCCGGACGAGAACAUCCCGGCAGACCUGUCCACCCUCCACAAACACUUGCGAGUGGCCCAGGAGCAGCUGGACAUAGCGUUUCAGAGCUACAGCAGCACCCAGGCCAACACGCAGCCCUCUCGAACCAGCAGUCCUGCCUCAGGGGGCACGGUGGUGGAGCAGAACAGGGCCAACACCGCCCAGGAGAAACAAAGCGCUAAACCUAAGGCCUGCUUGGAGAAAGGGAGCUCCAGCAGUAAAGACGGAAAGACAUCUGUAUGGAUAUAGCUUGUCUGAUGGCAGAGAGGGCAGUGUAAGUGCGGUUUUUGUUUUGGUUUGUUUCUGGUUUUCGGUAUUGUCUUGAGUUCAUUUCACAGGGCACAGACGCAACUUUUAUAUAGAAGUCAAGAGAGAAAAUUCAGACCAGUUUAGUGCUGUCUUCCGGUGCAUUAACAAAAGACGUUUCCUUCCUCUUCCCAACUCGUUCUCCAGCUGGGAAACUCCAGCGAGCAACAGCGAAUGCCACAUCCCACCGGGACUGGCUGCGAGCAGGCAGCACGAGGACGCAGUGCUGUAGAUCAUACGGUGUUUAAUUACUAAAUACCCUUAAUCAAAAUUAACUUCUGAUCCCUCGGUUGGAAGGGAAAACAACCAGUCGGUGGCAUGAACUUUGACGACGUGCUGCCCUGCCUGAACCUGCAGACCUCAGGCAUCGCUGAGGGUGGCAGAGAUGUGUGCUGCGAGCGACGGCCCGGCACCCGCACCACUAACACAGCACUGAAGGCUUUCAUCUUUUGGUCCCCUGCGCUGAAACACCAAGCAACUACGAUUGACCACCCUUGCAGAUGCGGUGGGAAGCACUGCAGUUACGGUGUUUGCAGCAAACCGCUGCUCCACAUCAUCAGAAAGUGCCUUUAUGGAACCAGGAAAACAAAAUCGCAAAGGGUUUCGACUACUUGGUUUGCUAAUUUGAGCAGAGGUGGGAAGAUCAGUGCUGGCAGAUUUGUUUUUCUGUUUAAUCAAACCCUUCUAACUAGUGGCAGAGAGCAGAUCUAUGCAUCGCGUGUAUACGGUGUGUGUGUGCGUGCAUAUGCGUAUAUACAUGGACACAUGAACAUGUGUGUGUGCAUAUAGAUAUAUAGAGAGAUAUAUAAAUGUAAUAUCAACCCUCUGGUAAUUUUACAGCCUUCCAGCCUCACCAGGCCACGGGCAGGUUUCCACACACUUGUCUGGGGGCUCACCAGCAGCUCCGGCUUCCCUGGGGGCAGGACCCAGGCCAGCAGCAAGAAGUUUUCCCCCAGUUUAUGGACAGCUUCUUUUGGCUUCACUUGGUUUUAGGGUGAGGUAGCUAGUGCUGGAUGUGUUUCGUCAGGAUGCUUUCAUCCUGGGAGCUGGGAUGUCCCUGAGAUGCUUGAGGCUUGGCAGAUGCUCUUGCAAGAGUCAAAUGGUUGAUUCACCACCAUGGUCAAGGUCAUACUUCACGUGAAGGAAGCAAAUCCUUUCUGAACACAGCACCAUCCCUGCUGAGCUGCUCCCUCAUGGCUGUGCCAGCACACAAGUCCCCAUGCAUUUCUCAUCCACUGGAUCAAUGUACCUUCCUGAUGGGCAUCUUUCUCCUGUCCCCGAGAUCAGUCUCUGAAAGCCUCAGGGGUGCCAGUUGUCACAGGCCAGCCCUUGGGGACCUGAGCGUGGCCAUGAACACUGGGUUCACUGCAUCAGAGCUGUGCAAUGCCCUUGGGGUAGCUAAAAAAAGAGGUUCAGAAAGAUGCAAAGAAACAUCCUACAGGGUAUUCAGCUGCAAAUAUUCAGCAUGGUUUUGGGGAACAGUUUCAGGCUUGUUCCUGGUCCCGCUGAGGGUACUGGUGAAAUGCCUGGAGCUCUGCCUGCUCUCGCUGCUGGAGAUCUUCCCCUUGAUAAAGCCCAUAUGCAUCCAGGAGGAGGAUCAGCGCCUCCUCACAGCAGCAACAGGCAGCAGCACACACCGGUCACAUGGAGGGAUGCUUUGUGCUGUCAAUUUUCCAUGAAGGGCUUGUAGAGUUCACGCCGCGGUGGUAGGACACACAUAUCACACGGCUGGAGGGGCCAGGUGCUGGUGGGUGAGCUCCUGAAGGUACAGGGAGAGCACAAGAGGAGCUCUUGGUGGACAUUUGCCCCCGGCAAUUACAGCAGACACCAACCUGUCCCACACACUGAUGUGAAAUCCUCACCGAGGGAAUCCCCCCACGUGGCCUGAGCACAGCCUGGUGAGGUCCCGGGGCUCUCUCAGGAGCCCACGACAGAUCCGUUUCCACACCUGCAGGUUCAGAGAUGCUCAGAGCAAUGGUGCUGGAAAGGAGCACAGAUCUUCUCGCCAACCUGCCAGCAUCGAACGCAUCCCCAAAGGCUAGCACCAACGCCCCGCUGCCACCCCUGGCUUCUCCCCUGCUCGGUAGACACGAAGAGACGCUUCUUCCCUUUGGGUCUGCAGAAGGUUGGGGGUGCCUGAAGAGGGUCUCUUUUUUUUUUUUUUUUUAAUUUUAAUUUAAUUUAAUUUUUUAUUUUCACACCACGGAUCCAGCACGCCGAGAGGGUUUUGGACGCUCUUGGUCCUGCAGCAGAUCCGCAGCCUCCUCCUGGCUGGUGUCACCGCCCCAUGCAAUACGCACACACUGUUUUCCAUAGUGGGAGUCGAUAAUUGCAAUAUUGACAAGUACUGGAGCCGGGGCAGACACUCGGGGGGAUCGAUACCAGCUCCUCAUCUGGCAGGGCAACCGCUCGCUCGGCCGCCCUCCCAGCCAGCCCUGCUCAUCUCCAGGGCUUGAAACCUUCCCUUGCAUCAAAGGCUUUGCAUAUGGGGGCCGAUCUCGCUUCCCUAUUUCUUUUUCCAAGCGUUUUGACAGGGACCAGAGCACACAGGCACGUCCAUGGCAGGACUGCUCGGUGCUGGAGAGGGAUGCAGGGUGUCCUGCGAGGCCCCAUUGACUCCUCUCACUCUGAGUCAGACAUGUAUAGAGGGUUAUUAUUAUAAUAAUAUUAUUAUUAUAUUGCUCACUUUCUCCUUUCCUCCUCCACUGCUUGGCCCCUGAACCCCUCAGGAGGUUGUGUCUUCCACUGAGCCACCACCAGCAACGCAACCGGCGCGCACUGAGCGGCUCCUUCCAGGGCAGGAGGAGCAAGCCCACCUCCGCCGUGUCCGUCUGGGGAGCAGAAGGCAAAGAAGGCAAAAUAAGCAGUGCCACAAGCAAAAAAAAAAAAAAAAAAAAAAAAAAAAAACCCUCACAAACCCAACCGGCAGCCGGAGGAAUUUCAAGUAGACGACUGGCAGCGUCGGCCGCGAAGGAGACGCCAGUAGAAUAAUUAACGCUUUGCUUUUCUUCCUGCAGGUCGGUCAUUUUGUUCACGCUCCGGACGGGUUUAGCUCUGUAGCUGAACUAAUCGUAAACGUUGACACUCUUGCUAAGCUUUGCCGGGUAAAGCGCCCGCCCUCGCGUUUCUGUUCUUGCCAUUCAGGGCCAGGAAUGUCCCCCGUAAAAGCCAGAUUACCUUGUUGCUUGCAUCACAUUCCUCUGGGAAAUACUUGAACUUAACUCGAGGCCAUAACCAGUCUGUGCUGUUAUGAAGUUUCUGGGAUUUUUUCUUUUUUUUUUUUGUAUGUACUAACUGUAUUUGUACUAGAAAACCUUUGAGUAUGAGGUUGACUCUCUAAGUAUUUUUCAGUGUAAAUGUUCCAUGUGGGCUGUAGUUAGAAUAUGAAGCACUGGUCAAAGGAGAGAUACGUCAGCCCGACUCUUCAACUGGCUAUUCCACAUCCAUUACUAAUAAAUGGAAUAAAACUUACAUUUUGUUACAGUA